AUGGGGAUGGUCCUUUCAGAGGCGGAAGGGCCACAAUAUGUAAGCCCUCCAGUCUCUGAUGAAGAUGAUGACUUCGACCCUUCAGCUCCCUAUGAGUUUGUCGAGGGCACGUUCGAACGAAAGCGUCGUGGGGGUCGGGGCAGCUUGGCGAGCUCCACUCUUCUCUCCAAGCCUUCGAAGCUUCUCUCGAACGGUGUGACCCAUUUGGAUUGCAUUUUGGAGAAGGCGAGGAAGAGGCGCGAGGAGUUUGAAUGGUCUACGGCCAACAAGCUCAUCUCUAUGAGAGCUGCAGAUUUGUGCAACGCAAUCGAGAAGGGCGAUGUGAUGAAAGCGUUUGCAAAGUUGGAUGAGCAGACUGCCAGCUGCCCACACCCAGACACCGGGCGCUGUGCGGCCCACUAUUGCAUUGCCAAAAGCUCUCAUGAACUCCUCAGGAUGGUCCUAGAAGCCCGGGGUGACCCAGAUUGCAGGGAUUCCUUUGGCCAAACACCCCUGAUGAUGGCCGCAAAGCAGGUACUCAUUGACAACAAGGAGAGGCCCAAGAAGUUCGGCAUUUCACUGCUGACCGCUCUUGCUCAGAGGGACGUGCGAACGGCCGAGGCGGCCAUAGAAGCUGGAGCCGACAUGAAUUUAACGGAUGAGAAGGGUGACACUGCGAUCAUCCUCAUCGUGAAGGGAAAGUGGAAGGACUCUCAGGGGCUUCAAGUGCGGCUGCUGCGUAAAGCGAUGAAAGCAGGUGCCCACGUUGACUUUCAGAACUGCCAGGGCAACAGUGCCUUGCACUUUGCAUCCCAUCGAGGAGACUUGGAUGUUGUGGAGGCGCUUUUGGCCUUAAAAGCCAGUUGCAAAUUGGUGAACUCUGAGGGCAACACAGCUUUGAUGUACGCUGCACACGGCGGCCACGAAGAUGUUUGCACAGCGCUCUUGGAAGCUGCUGCUCCAGUGGAUCUUGCUAAUCGUGCAGGUCUGACAGCAGAGACUAUGGCAGAGCGGAAGGGCUUCAAAACCUGUGCUGCUCUCAUCCAUGCUUAUGCAUUGGCGCCGAAGCAGGCAGAUGACAUCAAGAAGCCAGCAAAGAAAGAGGUCAAGAAAAAGCAGUUGGCAUUCGACUACUCCAAGUGGGACUCGUUGGAAAGAGAGAUGCGCGCGGAUGAAGAGGAGGAGAACAACACUCGCACGAGAGAAGCCAAUGCAGCAGUCAGAAGGCCGACACCAAAGUUUGAAGAUUUGGGGCCUGAAGCCUUUGGAUUACCCGCCGACACACCUUGGCCACCUGAUGCAUCGCUCCGCAAGAAAGGACCCUUUGACUAUGGGCACUGGGACAAGAUCGUCGAGGAUGUUGAGAGGCAAGAAAAAGUCUUGGAGCGAUAUGAACAUCUGCAGAAGAAUCCCAAGUACGAAUACCGAGAUGGGCAGAAGAUGCAGGUCAUUUACUGA